GUUUAUGAGACAACUAAAUAGUGUCAUUGCUGAUGAUCAUCAUUUGGCUUUCAUUUCGGACAGACAUGCGGCCAUUGCUAAGGCGCUUGAGACUGUGUAUCCAACAGCUAAACAUGGUAUUUGCAUUCAUCAUUUGUUGAAUAAUGUGGUAACAUAUUACCAUGGGAAAGGACUUGUUGGGUUGGUUGCAAAGGCGUCCAAGGUUUAUAGAGUUGCUGAGUUUGAAAAGAUAUUUGCUAAUGUGUGUAAUAUCAGUCCGGCAAUUGGAAAAUACCUAAGGGAUGCUGAAGUCCAAAAGUGGGCAAGAUGUCAAUUCUCUGGAUAUAGAUAUGACAUAAGGACAACAAACCCUGCCGAAUCCAUCAACUCUGCUUUGCGUUCGCCGAGAGAGUAUCCAAUCAUUCCCUUGUUGGACAGUAUCAGAGAAAUGCUGACUCGGUGGUUUUAUAACCGUAAGAAAAAGAUUUCAAAGCAUAAUCAUCCUCUUACCGAAGAUGUGGAGAAAAAGAUUGAAAGGAGAACCGAGAAAGGCAAAAGAUUUGCAGUUUACCCUGUCAGCGAUGGUCGCUUGCUUGUUAGAGGUGAUAAAAUCGACUGCUUAGUUGAUUUGGAUAGACGUACUUGCUCAUGUGGGAAGUACAACCUGAUGAAGAUACCUUGUCGGCACGCAAUUAAAGCUGGGUUUCAUGUUGGAAGACAGCCACACACAUUAACUGAUUUAUUUUACACUACAGAAGCUUGGCGAGAAGCUUAUCAUGAAAGCAUCAAUCCUAUUGCUGUUCCUGAGGAUGCUUGGUCCAUGCCAGAAGACAAAAUCGCCAUCUUUAUCUCCGUGAAAGAGAGAGGCGGAGAGACCAACGAUGUUAGGGUUAGGGAAAUCAAGCUUUUGACCCCUUUUCUUCUGAUUUUUUUUUCUAACCCGGUAACUUUAUUAAACUGAAUCAUUUUUAUUUUUUUAUAAAAAACCAAAUUAAUUAUGUUUAAUAAGAUUAAUUAAAGGUUACUUUUGGUAUUAUGGAAAACAUUAUACUAUAGGGACUACUUUAGGUUGGAUUUAUACUAUAGGGACAACUAUGCUGAUUUCUUGUUCUCUUUUGGCAAUUUUCCCAUUUAACUUUAUGUUUUUAAAUUAUUAUAUAUAUGGAAAAAUACUAUAUUAGGUAGUGUUUUGAAAGCCAGAUCGGACUGGCCGGUCAGACCAGUUCAAUAGUGAAUCAGUAAACCAAGUCCAAGCUGAAUUAAAACUCAGAUUUAAAUUAAACAACCAAAAUCGGCACAAAACCAGCAGACUAAUCACAAAACCCGGUUCAACCAAAUACAAAAUAUAAUGGAUUAAUUUUGCUUCUAAAAAUUUAACAUAAAUGACAUUUCUUGAUUAGUUUCAUAUUUUUUAGUCGUUUGUGAUUGGAAACCAAAAUCAUUUUUCCUUGGUCACAUUUAUUUUGUUUUCAUUAUACACACUUCCUAUAUGUUAUUAUAGC